GGUGGCGGUGCUGCAUCUUCAAACAGUACGUCAACCCUAUUUCCUGUUUCCCGACAUGCACUGCGAGAGAGCAGCCCUUCAGAGCAGAGGACAGUGAGUCUUCUUGAGAUCCAUCCAUGCACUGAGCGUUGACAUUACAGCGGAGUCUCUCUGGAAGAAAUCCAGCAGCUUGAAGAUGUCUGACCAGAUCGAUGAGAAGAUCAAGAACUACAGGACGGCUCCGUUCGAUGCCCGCUUCCCCAACACCAACCAGACCCGCAACUGUUUCCAGAACUAUCUGGAUUUCCACAGAUGUAACAAAGCUCUGUCUGCCAAAGACCAGGACACGACUCCCUGCGAGUGGUACCAGAGGGUCUACAAGAGCCUCUGCCCCAUGAGCUGGGUUCAGAAAUGGGACGAGCAGUUGGAGGCGGGAAAUUUCGCCGGAAAGAUCUGAACGGACACAUUCCUUUUGUCCUUAUCUUAGUAUCUUAAUGUGAAGCAUCUGCUCUUUCUGUACAGAAGUGAAUAAAUAAAUGAUAUAAUGUUACUGUGAA